GAGAAAUUAUUCUACCUCGAUCUUCGAAUAAGCAAGAUGACGCCCGAGUUGAUAUUAAGACCAUCGGUUUCUGGGGACGACAACAAAGCUCAUUCUUUGAUUUUCGGGUUUUCCACCCUAACGCGCCAAGUUAUCGUAACACCAGUGUUGCUGCUCCAUUCCGAAAACAUGAGUUGGAUAAGAAAAGAGAAUAUGGUGAGCUCGUGAGAGAGGUGGAAAACAGUUCUUUUACACCGGUGUUCUUUUCAACAACAGGAGGUGCUAGCAGAUAA